AUGGCACGCCUGCACUCGCAGCAACUGGAACGUGUGCAUCAGGCACUGAUGCAUAAAGAGCCAGCAUUGGUCAAUCGUAAGAGGGUACUCCUCCUCCAUGGCAAUGCGAGGCCGCAUGUGGCUCGGGAGGCCAGGGAGAUGAUCCAGCGACCGAGCUGGGAGGCACUACCCCAUCCACCAUAUUCCACAGACCUCGCGCCAACAGACUACCACCAUUUCCAUUCGCUGAACAACCAUCUUUGUGGGAAAUUCUUCAAUAACCGGGGGAGACCUCGAAAAGACCCUCACGGACUUCUUUGCGGCAAGACUCCUGAGUUCUACCGGAAUGGCAUCGCACAGCUAACCGUUCGUUGGCAAAAGAUAGUGGAUACCGAUGGUGAUUACUUUGAGAAUAGCGGUGAUUAUUUUUUGUUUUAUGACCUUUUUCUUUAUGACUGCCCAAAACGGCAAGAACGUUUUGAUUACCUUCUAAAUGCAAUUAUCGUUCGUUGUAAGCCAGCUUUACUACAGCGGGUUCCGACUACAACUUUUUCUCUAUAUAUCAUUAACUGUUCCUCUCUUUAUAGAUGGUGGUCAGGGCCCUGGCAGCAUUGCUCAACCAGUUGUGGUCAACGAGGAAUUCGCAAAAGAACCGUUAUUUGUGUACGCUCGCUUAGUAAAGAUCAACAGAUUGCUUUGCUGGAUGAAGAUUGCGACCCAUUACUGAGGCCUACCGAUUCUGAACCUUGUCCUCACAAGAGACCUUGCCACGGCGGCCGUGAGACAUGGUCUGCAUCACAGUGGUCAGAUGCUUGCAGCAAAGAUCUUUGCAACUUCCAAAAUCGACACGUAUACUGUAGCCAUCCAGAUGGCAAGUGUAAAGAAGAGGAAAAACCAAAGACACGCCGACCAUGUGCUAAUGUUACUUGCGGAGUAUGGGUUGUUGGAAAUUGGUCACAAUGUUCUGCUUCUUGUGGUCAAGGUCUUCGAAAGCGUAAUGUGACAUGUCGUGGAGGGUCACAGUGUCAUAGAGCGACGGAGCCUCCGGCUGUGGAAAUAUGUCAUAGUGUACCUUGUCCCGCACCCAACGAAGAUUCAAAUUUUAUACCUGUCGACGAAGAAUAUCCGAAAAAACACAAGCACAGACACGGCCACGACCAGAAAUCGAAUCCUAAGAAAAGCUCGAGACCACGCUUCGUUGCUAAAGAUGUGAUGCCUAUUCCAAUUGUGGAGAUGGAUCUAGACUCAAAAACGGACAACGAAAAUAGUGAAAUCGACAACGAAAUCGGGCCUCCAAUAAUCAGAAAAGAACCAGCCCUUAUCCCUUAUUUUUUCGAUGAAGAUAACAACGAUGAUGAUGAUGAUGAUGAAAAUGAUCCAGAAGAAGGUGGGAAUAAAUAUGCAUGGAAAGUGAGCGUUUGGUCCAAGUGCUCCAGUCGUUGUGAUGGUGGUUCCCGCAAACGCGAGGCAGUUUGUCUGGACACAGUUUCAAAGCACGUAGUCGUUGAAGAACUCUGCGACCCCUAUCGGAGGCCGGAUACACUUGAAGCGUGUAACACAGAACCCUGCUUAGAUUGGAUAAUUUCCGAAUGGAGCGUGUGUUCAGCGAAAUGCAAUGAAGGCGAAAUGCAUCGAGAAGUUACCUGUCCAAAGAGUCACCACUGUAAUCCAGACACUAAACCCGAAGAAAAAGCCAAAUGCAUUUUGAGACCAUGCAUUGAUUGGGUAGAAGGACCAUGGAGCAAGUGUUCAACCACUUGCGGCGAUGGUGUCCAAAUACGGCAUGUUAAAUGCGUCAACCUGACUUCUCAAAAUCCAGCCACCGGAUGUUCUUUGGAGCUUAAACCUAAUCAUCGACAGCCUUGUAAUCUCGAUCCAUGUCCGGAGAAUAAAUCGGCUUUCAGCGAAUGUCGUGACAAGAUGGAGAGUGGUCUCUGUAAAUCAUUACGUCAUAUGUGUGGCACGUGGUACUUUAAGGAGAAAUGCUGUCUUACUUGUAUGAGGAAGAAUAAAGCAAAGAGGCCUUCGCACCAUUUAAGGGACCGCAAGCAUUCCCAUUCGUAGCAAUGAGUUUGCAUGUUCUAGCCGCAGCAUUUGUCUCUUUUCUCCAGUCUCUAGUAAAAAAUAAAUUUCUAAUGAUGAACAAACGCUAUUUUUGAAGUAAAAAAUCGGUAGAAUUUCCCACAUAUUCAGGUGUUUUGAAAUUUAUAGCAGUCGCUUAGCUUUUUAUGUAUUUGCAAUGUAAAUAGAUCUGAUGUAAAAAUUUACAUGUAUGAGUAAAGUAUUGUUAGAUUUAAAAAGUUUAUAUUUAGUUUCACGCGUUUGCAUUUAAAAUACAAAAGAAAUUAAGGUAUCUGUUUCUUUGAUGUAAGCAAACGUCAUAGGAGCAUAUACAACAGCAUACACUGUAGUAUAUUUAUAUAGAUAUGUAUGUAUGCUAGUUAUAUCGCAAUUGUAAUAUAUUUUUAGGAAAAAGUUUGGAUUUAAAUUCUUCUGAUAUUCAAAUUUAUCGUUAAACUUCAUUCAAGUUCAUUUUUAACAAUUCUUGUAAAUAUCAGCUAUUCAAAAUAUACAGUUCUACUUCCAUCUCGAAAAUUCAGUAUUUUCUUAGAUUAAAUACUUCAACAAAAUAAGUAAAAAUUCUUAAAUAUAUUUACAUUAAUUAAAUCAUUUGUUAUUGUCUAUUACUUCUAGGAUGUCUGUCUUCUUCUAUUUCUUAUUGCUUCUUAUUGCUAUUCAUAGAAAAAAUAAAAGAAAAAAGAAUGUAAUGUAUUCAUCGUAAUAAUUAAUGCAGUAAAAUUUGUUUUCUCUUUGUAAAACAGAAUACGUUCAGAGUAAUUUUGUGAGGACAAUGCCAUAUAAAAAGCAAAUAGUUUCUUAAGUAGGUUAGCGAUAACAGAUUUCUGACUUAUGAAAAAAGAAAAAUACAUAAAAGUUUUGCAAGGAAAAAUUUAUUUCUUUAAAAAAUAAGGAAUUAAUACCACUGCAUUUGCAAUAUGUAUCAUAAGAGUUUAAGAUAAUUUCUUUUUAAAUUGAUAACGGUAAUAUUAAGUUGUCUCUCCUCAUAUUUCGCCCAAAAUUUGUGUCAUUAAUGGAAUUAUUUUGCCAUAAAUAUUUUUCUAAAAUUAUUAAAGAAAUGUUCAUUUCAAUUUUUGAAUUGCUGUGGUUUCUAAUUGAAGAUUACAUCUUACGAGUAUCUGUGAAAGAAAGGUUUCACUCAUCUAUUCAGAUUAUUCAGUUAAGAAUAAUCUGAAUAGAUUAUUUGAUAAAAACUAAUUAUGUGCAUGGUCUUCAAUUGCUUUAAUUGUUUUUAUAAAAUUUUCACAUAUUUUUUUUGUUUUAAUUAAAAAAUAUAAGCUUAAUGAGUGCUAUAUAUCUUAAUAAACUGAUAUAUAAUAUUCCCUUUAUUAAUCAUCAGAUCAUUGAUAAUAAAAAUUAAAUCUCUAAUAAUUAAAAAUCAAAUUCCGUUUAUUCUUUCAUGACGAGAUUUCUGUGUCAAACAUUAGUCAUUUGUUUCAUGAUACUGCAUGCAAUUAGAUUCAAUUAAUACUAUUGAAAAUUGGUGGAGUUAAUAAAGAAUACUGAAAAUUCGUAAAAAGGACGUUCGAAAACGGAACCUUUAAUGUUACGCAUAAAUUUUAUAUCAAGGUAUUUUUGUUCUACGUAAACAAAAGAAUAUUAAAAUAUUUACAGCUCUUGUAUCAGGCAUGAAGACAGCAGAAUAGAUGCAGCGAAUAAGGAUGUGGUCAACUCCUAAUUAAAUUAAUCUGGUCCUGUCUUAGAAAAAAAAGUUUAUGGUUAUUUAUUGCGAUUGUAAGCCAACCAUCUGCGUAAGAAACUGCCAGCAGAAAAUACCGAAAACAAAAGGAAAAUUAAUGUAAUAACACUAGAAUAACAAAGGAUGUCAUAGCAUUUGGUCGCUAUUUUUACCCACAACACUAUGUAAUUUAAUCGCACGUGAUGCAGAAUUUACAAACAUAACACAAGAAAAAACAGCACAUUAUAUGCGGCUGUCUCCACGAAUUUGAACUUAUUCAAGUUCCUCAAAAAUAUUGUUCUGUAAUGUUACUUAGGUUCUUCAUUUCUAAUAAUAUUUAUUCAUCCAUUAUUUAAAGCGCAUCUUUUUAUAUUGAACAAAGUUUUAAUUUAAGUAACCAAAUGAACUCUCUAGAUUAAUACGCUGGAAAUACAUGUAAAUUGCUAAUCGUUUUUUAUGCUACCUAUAAUAUGAGUUAUUCUCUCCUCUGCAUUUUUACCUUUUUCUGCCCUGCUGGUCUGUGACUGUCAUGUGUAGAGAUCUAUUUUAUCGGUAGUAAAGAAUUGUUUCCGAUAACACAAUAUCUCGGAAUAAUUCAAAUUACAAUUCACUAUAGCAAUUGCUAAAACUUCAACAUUUUCUGAGUUCGUUGUCAAAAUUCCAUCAAGACUAGAUAGACUGCAAUCAGAAGAUAUCCAGUUUUAGGAAUUUAAUCACUGCAAAAAAAAAAAAAAAAAAAAAAAAAAAAAAAAACGUCAGAAGCUCCGCGUAGUUCCUGUACAUGUCCUAAUAUAUGAUAACAUUAUACACUGGCCCAUAUGUAAAGAUGAACACGAACAGCGCUGUAAACUACUCAUCAUAGUACACCUUGUGUGUUUAGGCCAUUUCGCACUGCAUCACUACUGUGCUCAAUAAUGUUCACCGUGUUCAGAAAUGGAUGCCAGCUUCUGACACCUCUCUCAGUUCCGCGUUCCCAGAAUUCAAACCUCAGUCUGAUUUUCCAGUGCAGCUCAAGUGUCUCUGCCUGAGAUGGAGACACAUUUGCCACCUAGGUCAUUGUUUUUCUCAGCUCUCUCAAAACAAAGUGCUUCAAUUCUUUGAACUCCUGAUAUCUUGUUUGGAGAACUACUUCAUGUAACUUCUCUUCACAGUGCCCAUUGCGGAGCUCAUUCAUGUGAGCAGGUAAGUAUUGCAGUAGAUAGCCUACAUAAUCACACAACUAUCAAGCGCUGUAAACUGGAAAGUUAUGGAGGACGUUUGAGUAUCCAGUGCGAAAAAUGCAAAGAUCUGCUUUGCUUGACAAUAAAGAAAAUUUUUAAAAAAAAAAUUCCACGUACAAUAAAUGUUAAUAAAAUUAUAAAUAAAUAUAAUAAUUUAGUAAAAUAAUAUACAUAAACGAUAUUUUACCUUGAGAUCAAAUGCUGGCAAUUGCUACGGCAUCCUAGUUUUUACAACUCAAGUAGGAAUUGAUUAAUAUGUUCGAAGGAAGGUUUCCUACACCUAUAAACAAUAUUUAGUAGACUAUUUUAUUUAGUUAUUUAUUUGUGAAACGUCCCAAAAAUCCAAGAAUUCAUUUCUGUCAAGUUAAUUGUGGUUUUGAAUUAAUCGCGGAUGUUAUACCUGGUAAAUCAGUUGACAUUAUACUGAAUCACGUAAGGUAAACUUAACUGUAUAAAUUCUAAGAACACGAAAAACUCAGCAUUUACUUCAGUGUACGAGUUUAACAAAUUAUCUACCUUUUGAAAGGGAAAAAAGUUGGAUGAUACUCAAUUUUUAUCAACUUCAGAUUAGAAAUUUCUUUAUGAAUUUCAGAUUAGGAACAUACAUGCUCUUAAAUGUACGCAAACUAUCAAAUGACAAAAAGUACCAUAUAAAGUAACCGGUGAAUUCUGCUUGUGAUAUGUCGCGUUGUAUAAAUAUAUUGCUUAUUAAAGACCUGAGCAAUGUGUCAAAUUACCUUAUGUGACGCAUCUCGAGAUAUGUUCUAAUAAAUUAUUUAUCAAAUUA